AUGCACUUGCCAUCGCCCGACCAAAUGGCUCUGCUCUUCACACAAGCCGAGGCCGGCUUCAUCGUCCGCACCUUCUGCGGUCGACCCGACGCCAAUGCCGUGUAUUCGUCCGCCAAGCACAAGCAGGUGCCGCCCCACUCGCCCAACGGCGUCGACGAUCCCCUCGAUGCCCUCCUGUUCUGCGACCUGCCACUCGACCACUCCCCAACUAAUGAGAUACCUCACGUCUGCCUCGCGCCCGACUGCCACCAGCGCACCCAAGCAACGCGCGGCUACUGCCGUCAGCACGGUGCCACCAAGCGCUGCGAGUUUGCAGGCUGUCCGCGUGGGCCUCAGAAGGCGGCUUUUGCAUCGCCCACGGCGGCGGCCGUCGCUGCUCGAUGGACGGCUGUAUUAAGACUGUUCAGACCGCCGGUCUCUGCAAGUCUCACGGCGGCGACAUGCACUGCGGCGCCGACGGCUGUGACAAGAGCUCGCAAGGCG